GUUAAGGUCAAACUCUGACUACCUCAAGCAGCAACACAGCAACUUUCUACUCACUAGGUGCCAUGGCUGGAGAAGGAGUUACCCACUGGAUCUCAUGCCCAGUGCGGCACCAAAGCCAUUUUAAUAGAGAACUUGAACAGUGUGCAGAAGACCAUCAGCUAUUUGCCUUGCCUGGACCUGCAUGCCAGGAACUUAAAGUGGAGGCUGGAGUUGGGCCGACAGACAGUGAUGACGAGGAUUCAGGCGAGCCCCUGUUCAGAAUACUACUGGACGUGACCCAGUUCAAACCAGAGGAUAUUCUGAUCCAGGUGUUCGAAGGGUGGCUACUCAUUCGAGGGCAUCACGGAGCAAGGAUGGACGAGCAUGGGUUUGUAUCACGGAGCUUCACCAGGCAGUACCAGCUGCCCGAUCAGCAGCUGCAAGCGGGCGACCUGACAGCCAUGCUGUGUCAUGAUGGAAUACUGGUGGUGGAAACCAAAGACAGAUGGUGGUCAGCGUCUGAUUAGUGAAGUCAUUAUGCUCUUGAUCACAUUACCAAAAGAUGACAAGGGAGACAGACUGCUUGGAUUUUUCAUCAUUGCUGAGCUCUUUGUUUAAUCGUUUUGUGAUUAUAUGCAGAGAAGUAUUUAAAACAAGGUCAAUGUUUUGUAUGGUGUGCAAAUUAUAUACUUCAAAUUAUAUAUGUGCAACGCUGUUGUUGGGUUUAAAAACUCAUAAAUAAUAGCAAAGACAAUAAAUGUAUGCUUGGCUUUG